UAUAAAAUAAACUGUAAACUGUGUUGGCUGAAUAGUGAUGAUGAUGAUUUUUAAGCGCCAGACAAAAUGCCUGUGGUCGGUCUGCAUUGCAUUAUUUGGCAGGACUGUGACAUGAUUUCGUCUUAGUGGAAAAUGUUAGUGGUCUGGUUUGUGCAUAAAAAGAAGUAUUUGGCGCUGGCGCUGGCGCUAAAACUCAUGCUUCGAGUCCCUAAUCACUUCCUCCCUCUCCUCCCUCUCAUCUCCCCAUAUACUCCGCUGAGUUCCGUUUACUCCCUCUAGUCGCAGUUACCGGGCGUGCGGUUGCCAGGAGAGACACGCCAUCAGUUGAGCGUACCUCUUUAACGGCAGAGCGGCACGAGCUCUACCCCGCCAUUUCCUCCUAUCGAACCCUGGAAUGUCGAGUGGCGGCUCGGGCUCUUCCUCGCGGAAGGAGUUCGACGUGAAGCAGAUCCUCCGGAUCCGAUGGCGGUGGUUUGGUCACCCCGCGGUCCCUCCGCCUCACUCCCCGCCGCUCGGAGACUACCUCUCUGGAAGGAGACCGGACGUCAGCUCCGGAGACAGACCAUCAGUUAGCUGCGGUAGCAACUCGAAUUCAGCGGGCGUGAGCCCCAGCUCGGGGGGUCACAGCGGUCUGGUGGCCAGCGGCAGCGCUGGGUCUAACCUGUGUAACGGCAGCAAUAGAAAGUUUGCAGAACCAGCGGGGAGUCGCGGCGGUUCAGGAGGAGCGGCAGUUGGAGCGACGGGGAGCUCCUGUCCCCGCUCCUUCAGCCAGCCAGAGUGUAGGAGCGCUGCCGCGGCGGUGUCGUGGGUCUCCCCGCCGUCACACCGUCGCUCUCGCCCGUUUAAGUGCAUGGAACCCUCCGGCGAUGCUCCGCUGGUGCCCGAGCCCUCUGCUCAUGUAGCGGUAGAAGAGGCGGCGGCAGCGGGGGGCGCCGAAGAGAACAACAACCACCCGGACACAGACUCCAGCUCCUGCAGAGCCAGUCAUGCUGCUUCUGCCAUAAAAAUGGAAGUAACUACUCGUAAAUUAAAUGCUGGUUUGGGAACCAUGAUGGCUGAUGAUUCACAGGGUAGUAGGACAUCUAACAGCAGUGCCACACUCUCUUCAUGCGUGUCGAUGGAACCGUGUGCAUGUCCAGAGGACUGUAUGUUUACAGCCAUGUCCCACGCUGACAUCACCUUCCGCAAGAUGGAGAGCUACCUGAGGAGCAGACAGCUGUGUGAUGUCGUACUGGUGGCUGGAGAAAGGCGGAUACCUGCACACAGACUGGUCCUCUCAUCAGUAUCCGACUACUUUGCGGCCAUGUUCACCAGUGAUGUGCGGGAAGCCAAGCAGGAUGAGGUGAAGAUGGAAGGAGUUGACCCUGAAGCAUUGUGGGUCCUGGUGCAGUAUGCAUAUACAGGACGUCUUGAGUUGAAGGAGGACACCAUUGAGUCCCUGCUGUCAGCCUCUUGCCUGCUGCAGUUGUCACCAGUGGUUCAGGCUUGCUGCUCUUUCCUCAUGAAGCAGCUCCACCCCUCCAACUGUCUGGGCAUCCGCUCCUACGCUGAUGCUCAGGGCUGCCAUGACCUGCACAAGGCUGCUCACGCCUACACCAUGGAUCACUUUUUAGACGUGGUGGGAGGACAGGAGUUUCUGCUGCUCCCGGUGGAGGAGAUGGAGAGGCUGCUCACUUCAGAUGACAUCCACGUUCCAGACGAGGAAACAGUGGUGACCUCUUUGCUCACGUGGGUCCGUCAUGACUCUGCCACUCGGCAACGCCACCUACCUUUGCUACUCGCUCACAUCCGACUGCCACUGCUUCAGCCACAGUUCCUGGCAGACCUUGAGUCCAACCCUCUGCUUCAGGACAGCGUGGAGUGCCAGCGACUGUUGAUAGCGGGAAUGAAGUAUCACCUCUUGCCCCUCCACCGGCCCCUGCUUCAGAGCCCUCGCACCCGUCCUCGUAAGGCCACCGUUGGGGCCAUGUUCGCUGUGGGUGGCAUGGACGCUACAAAAGGUGCUACCAGUAUUGAGCAGUACUGUCUGCGUCGCGACACAUGGAGGCAAGUAGCCACCAUGAGCGGACGGAGGCUACAGUUCGGUGUGGCUGUUCUUGACGGCCGGCUCUACGUGGUAGGGGGCAGAGAUGGACUCAAGACCCUCAACACUGUGGAGUGUUACAACCCGCAAAGUAAAACCUGGAGCGUGAUGCCUCCCAUGUCAACACACAGGCAUGGACUAGGUGUAGCUGUCCUCGAAGGCCCCAUGUACGCGGUCGGAGGACAUGAUGGUUGGAGCUACCUCAGCACUGUGGAAAGGUGGGAUCCCCAAGCUCGACAGUGGAGCUUUGUUGCCAGUAUGGCUACACCCAGAAGCACUGUGGGCGUGGCUGUCCUCAAUGGCAAGUUGUAUGCAGUAGGAGGUCGUGAUGGUUCAUCCUGCUUGCGUUCAGUGGAGUGUUUCGACCCCCACACCAACAGAUGGAGUGGUUGUGCUCCAAUGGCCAAAAGACGUGGAGGUGUGGGUGUGGCCACGUGGCACAGCUUCUUGUAUGCCAUUGGAGGUCACGAUGCUCCGGCCUCUUCCCUGGCAUCUCGCUUAAGUGACUGUGUGGAGAGGUAUGACCCUCAGACAGACAUGUGGACGGCAGUGGCCCCCAUGAGCAUCAGCAGAGAUGCAGUAGGUGUUUGUCUCCUUGGCGACUGUCUCUAUGCUGUGGGUGGUUACGAUGGUCAGGUGUACCUCAAUACAGUCGAAGCUUACGAUCCUCUGACAAAUGAAUGGACACAGGUUGCACCUCUGUGUCUCGGCAGGGCCGGUGCCUGCGUCGUUGUUGUUGUCAAACUGUGAAAACACAGGUUUGGUUUCUUGGACUUUUCCUGAUGUGGCUCAGAGAUGCUGGUCUUUGCCACGUGGAGCCGGCGUGUUCCCUCAAACCAAGAGAUCCAUCUGCCUACACCAGAAACACUUCAGGUUUUACACUUAGUUUAAGUCACAUUUUAGCCUGCUGGGAAGAAGAAAAAAAAACAGAUUUUUGAGUUUUUGAAAUUUCUUACUCUGUCACUGAGCACCCUGAUAACCUCUGCCACUGAUGCAUUCAAUCUGGAGGAAUCUGCAGUGUUUAUGUGAGCAUGACGGGACAGCUGUCACACAGCUUUUUCUGCUUGCAUGAUAUUUUGUUCCUGUAGACAGGAUGAGACACACACACACACACACACACACACACUCUGAACUGACACGGUUGCUUUCAGCUUCUUUUUUUUGCUGACUUAAAGGUGAGAGAGACUGUCAAGAUGGUUGAGAUGCCUCAUCAUUUUAUGCUCUUCGUUUUUCUAACAAUAUCACAUAGUGUGUAUUGAUGCUAUUUUAGACUGUUCCAUUUUAUUUUUAUGCUGUAGUCGGCAAGUACUCGCUCUCUGGUUUCUUUCUUUCAAAUGUCAGAUUAAAAAAACCAGACACUUUUGACAUAAUCAGCACAACCUUAUGAACAGCUGUACUGUAUUGUAUCUUUACACUUGAGUUGAAGCAUAUCCCCAUGUUGCAUCAGCUUACAUCAAGCAUACCUUAGUGUAUUCCGAUGUGCAGAUGAUCACGGCCCUUUUUCACAAGCUUCACUUGUAAAUCAUAUGAAGUCUUACUACUACUUGUGAGUCCACAUUAUUGUGGAAUUGAGGUGAGAGAAGACUUUUGCAACACUAAUCUUGAGUAUUUUCACUUUCCUGCAGAGCACAGGGUCACCUUUUUUUUACACACUUUGCUUUAUAGAGGGCCAGUUUAUAUUUUCUGUUUGCCAGAUACCUACUUUUUCGCGACUGUUAAUGUUCCCUGUGUGAGUGUUUAAGUGUUCAUAGAUUGAAAGCAGUAUAUUUUUAACUCAAAUGAGAAUCUUCCUCCUCCUCUCCAUUUCUUCACUUCCCCGGUGCUCUCUCUUUUUACUCACUCUCCCAUUUCAGCACCACACACACACCACUGUGUUUUAGAUCAGAACUGGAUACCCAGACAAAAUGAACAGCAGACGAUAUUAUGAGAGCACAAAUUUAAUAACAUUGAUUCAGCCUGUGCUGAUGUUUGAUGUUAAGUUCAAAGCCUCAUUAGAGGUGACACCGCCGCAGACAAAGCAGGAGACGGGAGCAGUAAAUGAAUCUUUUGAAAACAACCUGAUGUGUCCAUAUAUGUGUGGGCUUGUGAAAGUAGACACAUAAACGACCAGACCCGUGAAGAAUGCCAAGAUUCACACUAUAGGUUUGUGUUACACAUGUAAAUAUGUGUCCGUGUAGUGUAUUGGACACAAACUCCUGACACUGGGGAGCAAAGAAGGCAUCCUUUCUGAAUUGACAGAUUUAGAGCUAAUAUAGCCGCCAGAAUACACUUCACACACACACACACACACACGCACAGAGCUGGUAGCCAAAUGCCCCAGGAGUCAAUGAAGAUUGAAAAGCCUCACAAAUUUGCCAGCGUGACGUCUCAAAAGCAGAGAUGAGCGGCUUCCAAUCCCCCCAUGGCUGAACCAAUGUUUAUUUAAGGCUAAUGCAGCACUGCUUUAUUUUAUAUUUCCUUUCAGACUUGCCCUCUGUUUAUUUAGAGAGCAGUUCUCUUGAUAUCAGAGCAGAAAUGUGUAACCUCCACUGUGUAUAUGUUGUCAAAAGUGAAAUAUUAAGACAGACAUUCCAAAUCCUAUUGAAGUAUAUCGCGUACAUUAUUAAAUGUAAAAUCUAUAUGUAGUCUUAUUGAUUUAUGCUGUAUAUUAUACAUAUAAUAUAAAAUCUGUUAUUGUGUAUUUUUUUUUCUUCUUUUGUACCCUGAAUUCAGAUGAAGACGAUAUGUAAUAAAAAUGAGAAAAAGGACAGCUGCUCACCUUUUUUUUUGUAAUACAAGAAUGUUUCAUCUUGUUUAUUUCAUAAAUUAUGUACAUAUACAAUAUACUGUUAAUGGUCUUUUAUACAUUAAAGUCAAUAUGUGAAUUAA